UCUUCGUUAGGCUUACCGCUCGAACACACAUUCUAUCCCUAUGCUGACCUCUGACAGCUGCCUCUCCCUGCACAAACACGGAAGCAGCAUGGCGUCAGACAGCAACAGCUCCGAGAGCCAGCGAAUUGCACAGCAAAGAUUGAGGAUAAUUGCCGGGCAUUUACAGAAACAUAAGGACGACGACUCGGGAACUAUCGCAACUGAAUGCAAAGCUGAAGCGAAUAAAGGAACGGUGCCGAGAAAGAGGCAGGAGAUUAUGAAGUGGAAUGGCUGGGGGUACAGUGACUCCAAAUUCCUCUUCAAUAAGAAGGGUCAAGCGGAAUUCACAGGCAAAAGGUAUAGGCUAAGCGGGAUGGUCCUGCCCAGUUUGCAGGACUGGUUUGAAAACACCUUUGGCGCCAGUGUGAACCAUAAAAGCCCCGCGACACCCGCCCUGAAUGCCAGCGCUGUUCCACCGGCCAGUCUGAACGAGGCGUUCGUUGAGGACCUGAAGGCCACGGGCAUCCCCUUCUCCCAUGAGGCUGAGGACAGGGUGUUCCGUGCCCACGGUCAUUGCUUACAUGAAAUCUUUGCUCUCAGAGAAGGGAAGAAAUUUGAGCGGGUUCCGGACAUGGUGGUGUGGCCCAACUGCCACAACGACGUGGUGAAAAUUGUGGAGCUGGCGUGCAAGCACAAUGUUUGUUUGAUACCGUACGGCGGAGGGACCAGUGUGACCAGUGCUCUAGAGUGCCCCCCGGAGGAGACUCGCUGCAUCGUCUCUCUGGAUACUUCACAGAUGAACCGCAUUUUGUGGAUCGACGAGAAGAAUUUAGUCGCCCACGUUGAAGCUGGCAUCAUCGGUCAGGAUCUGGAGAGAUUACUCAACGAGAGCGGCUACUGCACGGGGCACGAGCCCGACUCCAUGGAGUUCAGUUCCCUAGGAGGCUGGGUGGCCACGAGGGCAUCGGGCAUGAAGAAGAACGUAUAUGGCAACAUCGAGGACCUGGUGAUCCACAUAAAGGUGGUGACCCCUCGAGGGGUGAUAGAGAAGAGCUGCCAGGGGCCACGCAUGUCCACUGGGCCAGACAUCCACCACUUCAUCCUGGGCUCAGAAGGAACUCUUGGUGUGGUUACCGAGGUAACGAUGAAGAUCCGACCAAUCCCCGAGUACCAGAAGUACGGCUCGGUGGUCUUCCCAAACUUUGAGGCGGGAGUGGCCUGCUUACGAGAGGUAGCCAAGCAGAGGUGUGCACCUGCAUCCAUCCGGCUCAUGGAUAACGAACAGUUUCAGUUUGGUCAUGCCCUGAAACCUCAAGUGUCGUCCAUUUUCACAAAUUUUGUGGAAGGGUUAAAGAAAUUCUACAUCACCAAGUUCAAAGGUUUCGAUCCCCACCAGUUGGUUGUUGCCACCCUGCUGUUCGAAGGGGACCGCGAGAGGGUCUUGCAGCACGAAAAACAAGUUUACGAUAUUGCUGCAACAUUUGGGGGCCUGGCAGCUGGAGAGGACAAUGGACAGAGAGGCUACAUUCUGACCUUCGUCAUCGCUUACCUCCGGGACUUGGGGAUGGACUACUACGUGGUCGCAGAAUCAUUUGAGACAUCGGUGCCUUGGGACAGGGUGUUGGACCUUUGCCGGAAUGUCAAAGAGCGUAUUAACCGAGAGUGUAAAGAGCGAGGGGUCCAGUUUCAACCCUUGACCUCAUGCAGAGUGACUCAGACCUAUGACGCUGGCGCGUGUGUUUACUUCUACUUUGCCUUCAACUACAGAGGACUGGCGGACCCAGUACAUACAUAUGAACGAGUGGAGCACGCCGCUAGAGAGGAGAUCCUAGCCAAUGGAGGAAGCCUCUCGCACCACCACGGAGUUGGGAAACUUCGGAAGGAGUGGAUGAAGGAGAGCAUCUCCAGCUUGGGUGUCGGGAUGCUCCAGUCCGUCAAGGAUUAUGUGGACCCAGAUAACAUUUUCGGCAACCGAAACCUCCUCUAAUUUACCCCUUGCUUUGUUUUCCACCUUUUUAUCUUCACACCUUUUCUCACAGCCUCUCGUGCAACUGGCUUUAACAGUUACUAAAAUGUGAAAUUGACACGAAAAGAAAUAUAAACGCCCCCCCCCCCGCCUCCUUCUGUAUGACUUGAGUUGCGCUGUCAUCGUCAGACGUGGUUCCAUUCCUAGGGUGCGUGUCUGUCUGGUUCUUGAGGAAAGCAAUAAGCCGGUCACCUUUCACUUUCCUCGCGCUACAUUCUGUUGCAGGCGGGUAACAAUAAUCGUCUAUGAUUCAUUUUUGACGAUCAUAGUUUCAAAGGCCUCGGCCCUUUCCAGAGUGUAUCAUACUAACUACAGUACGGUGAUUGUGUACUGUUGCUCGUUUCAGUCACGUGUACAGCACGCUAUAGGAAUGGCCUUUCAAUGCUGUACAUGAUGCGAGCUAACUUUUGUGCUCCCAUGGUUGCCAUUUAUUAAUUCAUGAAUUGUUUCCUACGAUUUAUGCCAUCUUCACUAACUUCAUUUGUAUUUGUACACGUUGUUUAUUCACCUGUGUUUGGCACUACUUUAGCAGUAAGUCUGAGAUGAACGCACUCUCUAAAUCCCUGUGCCUUUCUGAAGACGUCUCCCUUUCCUCCUCAUAUACUCCAGGUGCAAAGGUUACCGACUGGAAGCUUGACUGGUUUUGUCUUUCUUAUGGCAUCCUGUUUCUUCCCUAAUAAUGACCAUGCCCUUCAUUAGAGAUUCCUCUGUUUCCAAUUGGUCUUUGUUUCUCAACUCAAGCCCUCAUGCCUUUUUAGUUAUGACUUAGAACGAUGAAUUAUUGCCACCGGGGCUGUGUAUGUUGUUUGGAUCUGAACAUGUACUUACAUUCUGCUUGAGUGGUGCCUACUGAAAAUUGACCUCAGGGUUCAAACGUCCCGACCCGAAAUGAGCUAUUACGUUAAACUGUCAUUGAAGAAACUAUGACAAGGUUAGAUGAUGCAUCUAUCAACACAUGAAAUUAUUGUUUUUGUAUUUUCUGAACUAGAUUUGAACCUCGCAUGGUCUUUGCUUGUCAUAUAGAGUUCAGUUUGUGGACAAAGCCAAUAUACUUGGAUCUUACAUGCUUUAGUGUGUACUUUAGUGUUAACAGGUUACAGACAACUGAAUCCCAAUGUCCAUGUUUGUACCAAAGACUUUUCACACAGCCCUUUCACCAUGCAAACAUACUGGAUGUAUAUGUUUGUACAUGUUGUAUAGUUAAAUACAUUUAGUAUGACAUUAACAUUUAUAUAUCCUGAUGAUACUUUUUUUAUUAUUCAUAUAUGCAAAUACCCAGAAACCAUCUCUAGAAAUAUCCAAAAAUGUACAACUGUUACUGUAAGAAUUACAUGUACAGUACUUAUUCCUGUUCAUAUCAGACAAAACUUCAUUAAAAUGUCAUUACAAUUGUCACUACUUCAAAAUAAGUUGCUUGUAUUUCGAUGUAUUUACACACAAAUACAUCAGAAUUCAUCGCUAGUCUGGUGAGUGUCCCAGUAUUAUGGUUUUGUUUGAAAGGAUACAUUUGAGUCAAACAAAGUUGUACCUUUUGUCACUUAACGAUGAUUGUGUAGCUAAGUUUGGCCUCUCUUUUGGAGGCAUGUGUUGAUGUUGUGGCCAAUCCUGAACUCGCAGACAUGGAAUCUACUGUGCGGUGCUAGAGAAAGAUACAUGAAAUGUUGUCGCGACCAUUUUCCUGUCACUACUACUGUAGGACUUAGUUCCUCCUGUUCCCAAGCUAGCCUCACAGCUUUCCCACAGUGCAUUGUGUCACCCCAUGCCACCUUCCUACCCAAGUUUCUCAUCUCCAGCUACAAUAAACAUUUUGCCUCAAUGAAACGUCAAUGAAGGAAAUGGUGGGGGCCCAGCCAGUAUUUUCUGAUCAGUUUCAUGCUUUUAUUUCUUGUGAUGGUAUCGAAAGAACUUAAUGAGAGCUUGAAAUUUGAAUGUUUGUUAUUUUCCACUUGAUAGUAUUAACAUUCAAGUACAUUUUGUUAAUGCUGUUUGUGCAAUAAAUUGAAAUAAAAACGA